CCAGGCUGGCAGGUGAGACCCCCAGCCUCCGUGGUCGGGGUGGGAGGGCUCCAGGCUCAGCUGGUGCCCCUUGUCACAGCCCAGAGACGAAGCCCCAGGCCGACUUUGCCCGCCAGGGUCUUGGAAGCCCCGGGCUAGUUCUGACCUUCUGGAAACUGAUGUCUUCACUCAUUUGUCCCUGGACUGUGAGGCUGGGGUCCCUAAGUCAUUCUAAGAAUCUGGGGGUUCAGGGCACUCUCAGGGUCCCCUGCUGAGCCUCACCCCGUGGCUUCCGGUCUGAGACACAGCAACCCUGGACAUGUGUCCUGGGAACUGGAGCCGCCCUGGGCACCUGGGAGGCCCAAGCAGUCAAGCCCAUGGCUCCCCGGGGUGGGAGCGUCAGGAUUCCUGGGAAUCUGGGGUGCCUGGGAAUCCUGCCAUCCCUGCUAUUGUCCUGGCCCUCUGGGAACUGGGGGUGCCUUGGCCACCAGGAGCACCCUGGUCUUCGGGACCAUGAUUCCUUGGCAAGUCCCAGCCUCUGGGAAUGAGGGGGACCCCGGGCAGAGCACAGUGACCCUCGCCCAGGGCCAUGUGUGUCCAGGUCCCCAACUGGAUGGCGGAUGCCCUGGAAACUGGGCUCCUUGGCCUCCAGUCUGCAACCGCUCCUUCCCGCACCUGGCGUGGGACAGCCGAGGUCCCUGGAAACGGGGGUGGGCCCGGGCAGAAGGUAAGUCCCCUGCAGAAGGGGACGCCCGCUCUCAUCCCCCACCUCCCAGGUUCUACGUAAACCUGCUCUGCGGCGAGGAGCCGGGCAGCGAGGCCGCCCUGCAUUUCAACCCGCGGCUGGACGAGUCCUCGGUGGUCUUCAACAGCCUGGAGCACGGAGCCUGGGGCCGAGAGGAGCGAGGCCCGGGCAUUCCCUUCCAGCGCGGGCAGCCCUUCGACGUGCUGCUCAUCACCACCGACGAAGGCUUCAAGGUGGUGGUCGGGGACCUGGAGUACCACCACUUCCGCCACCGGAUGCCGCCGACGCGCGUGCGUGCGGUGGAGGUGGGCGGCGACCUGCAGCUGGAGCUCGUGAAGAUCUUCUGAGCCCUGGCGGGGGGCGCGUGGUGGGUGGGCCGCAGGGCUCUUGGCCGCCAAUAAAGUCUUCGUCCGUCAUCG